AUGGCAGACAAGGACGAGAUCACCAGCGUGGCUGCACCAGCCCCAACUGCCACACAUGUCCCCGAAUCUAAGGUGGGGGAUGUUAUUCAAUCCCAAGGAGUUACUCGCAUGGAAGCUGUCUACCGCGAGGCCAAGUCCAACCGCACAACCCUGUGGCUGGUCGGGAUAUCGGUCUUGGUAUGCGCUUGGGCAUACUCACUCGAUUCUUCCACUACUUACAACUACUCCAUCGAUGCGUCGUCGUACUUCAAGCAGCACGGAUCGGUCCUUUCAACCCUGUCGAUCGCAACGAGCAUCAUAAGUGCUGUGAGCAAGCCUUUCAUCGCCAAAAUCUCCGAUAUCACCUCCCGCCCCUAUACAUACCUCCUGACACUGUUCUUCUAUGUCAUCGGCUAUAUCAUUGUGGCAAGCUGCAAGAGCAUCUCGGCCUAUGUCAUUGGAGAGGUGUUCGUUUCGAUCGGCAGCUCGGGGCUGGACUUGACAAACGAUAUUAUCGUUGCGGAUUUGACACCUCUCGAAUGGCGUGGCUUUGCUAGCUCCAUGCUGUCCACUCCCUUCAUCAUAAAUACUUGGUUUGCGGGCAAAAUUGUCGAUGCUAUUGAUAGCAAGGACCAGUGGCGGUGGGGAUAUGGAAUGUUUGCCAUCAUCAUGCCUGCUGCACUGGGCCCCGCUAUCGCCACGCUCAUCUGGUUGGAUCGCAAGGCGAAGAAAGCUGGCAUUGUGAACCUUGCUUCGUCCAACGCAGCUAGACGAGCAGCACGUGAACUCGCCGAGAAAGAGGGCAUGGAGGCCCCUCGCGGUGCGGUGGUUGCUGCCGCGGCAGAUUCAUCUGAGACAUGGCUUCGAACACUCAAUCGAAAUUUGGAAGAAAUAGAUGCCUUUGGCCUUGUCCUCCUUGGCUUUGGGUGGUCCUUGCUUUUGCUGCCAUUCUCGCUCAAGACAUACGCUGACCAUGGUUGGCGUAACCAGUCACUUAUUGCCAUGAUGAUUGUCGGCGGUCUUCUUUUGAUAGCCUACGUUGCCUAUGAGAUCAAGUGGGCUCGUGUCCCCAGUGCGCCGCGUCGGUUGGUAUUCAAUAAGACAUUCAUCAUGGCCAUCAUCAUCGAUAGUAUUUACAUGCUUGCUGGACGAAUGCGCGGUCUGUACUGGGAUUCAUACGUCUAUGUCUCCAAGCCAUGGAGCUACCAAGAUUGGGUGUACUACAACAAUACCCUGACUCUUGCCCUCUGUAUUGCAGGGCCAUUGGUCGGUCUUCUCCAGCGCUGGACACAUCGUUACAAAGCCAUCCAGAUCGCAGGUCUGGCCAUCAAACUCAUCGGAAUGGGAAUCAUGCUCGACGGUAACAAGGCCACAUCUAACACAGCUGCAAUGGUCAUGUCAAUGAUUUUGAUCGGGUUCGGUGGCUCAAUGUCCGUCGUUGGUUCGCGAGUUGCAUCUCAAGCCUCCGUGCCGCACCAGGACGUCGCUCUUGUCAUCUCUUUGCUCUCACUGUGGUCGAAAAUCGGUAGCGCCAUUGGAGCCGCCAUCGUCGCAGUCAUUUGGGCCGAUCAAAUGCCCAAGCAGCUACGUGAACAUCUACCUUCUACAGCGACUGAUGCUGAUGUGAAGAAGCUUUUUGGUGUCCUCACAUCGAUUCGAAAGAAUUACGCCUUCGAUGAUCCCAUGCGCGUGGGUGCUAUUGUCGCUUUUCGUCGUGCGCUAUAUUACUGUCUUGCACCUGCAUUGGGGAUCGCUUUCAUCCCGCUGGUUGCCGCUUUCUUCCAGACGAACUACUUCCUGGGUAAAUCGCAGAAUGCGGUUACAAAUGUUGGUAAUGAUGGAUUGCCGCUGGAAGAGAAGGAUCGAGAUCCUGAAUUGGCACCUCCAAAGAACAAGAGGGAGGCGUUCCUGCGCUUCUGGGCUGGGCGAUGA